GAACCCCGGCAUGGAUUACUGCGGCGGCGGCGGCGGGAACGGGAAGCUGCGCCAGUGGCUCAUCGAGCAGGUGGACUGCGGGAAAUAUCCCGGCCUGGUGUGGGAGAACGACGAGAAAAGCAUCUUCAGGAUCCCGUGGAAACACGCAGGGAAGCAGGACUACAACCGGGACGAGGACGCUGCGCUUUUCAAGGCCUGGGCGCUGUUCAAGGGCAAGUUCCGGGAGGGCAUCGACAAGCCGGACCCCCCCACGUGGAAGACGCGGCUGCGCUGCGCGCUCAACAAGAGCAACGACUUCGAGGAGCUGGUGGAGCGAAGCCAGCUGGACAUCUCCGACCCCUACAAGGUGUACCGCAUCAUCCCGGAGGGAGCCAAGAAACGGCCCCGGCAGGACGACGGGCCCCUGAGUCCCGGAGGGUUCCAGAUGCACAACCCCUACAACACCGGACCCACCGGACCCACGCAGGUGAGCCCGUACCUGCCGGCCCUGCCGGGCCCGGAGCUCAGCUACUACUGCCAGGACCCCGGGGGCCCGCUGGCCGAGCUGCCCUUCCCCCCCCAGUGCCCCUGCCCCCCCCGCAGCCUGCCCUGGCAGUCUCCGGCCCUGGAGAACGGGUACCAGCUCCGCGCCUCCAUCUACUCGUACGGCCCCGCCGACACCCAGCCCUCGCCCUUCUUGCUGGACACUAGCAUCAGGUCCGCCGAGGCGCUAACAGACUUCCGGCUCCACGUCCUGGUGUACGUGGGGGACACACUGGUGCGGGAGGUGACCACGUCCAGCCCCGAGGGCUGCCAGGUGGCGCCCUGCCCCCCCGAGAAGCCGUUCCUGCCCCCCGGCAGCCCCGAGCUGGUGCCGCUGCCGCUGGACGAGUGUCCCCCGAGUCCCCCGAGUCCCUCCAGUCCCCCGGGUCCCCCGUCCCCGCUGGACCGGGGCGUGCUGCUGUGGAUGGGCGCCGACGGCCUGUACGCCCGCCGCCUCUGCCAGGGCCGGGUGUACUGGCAGGGGGGGCCGGGGGGGCCCGGCAAGCUGGAGAGGGAGGUGACCUGCAAGCUGCUGCACACGCAGGACUACCUGGCAGAGAUCCAGAGCUACGGGAUCCACGGACGGCCGCCGCCGCGGUUCCAGGUGCAGCUGAGCUUCGGGGACGAGAGUCUGGACCCGCAGAGGACGAGGAGGACGCUGACCGUCCAGGUGGAGCCGCUGGUCGCCCGGCAGCUGCUGUUCUACGCCCAGCAGACGGGCGGGCACUUCUACCGCGGCUACGAGCACCCGGGGGUGGCCGAGCACAUGGGCUCCUCCGAGGAUUACCAGAGGGCCCUCGCACACCACCACGCCACCGGGGGCCUGCCGGAGACGGCGGCCCGCCUGGACGUUACAGCGGCAGCGGCGGCGGCGCUGCUAGCGCGGCCUCGGCAGGAAGUGGUGGUUGGGAGCAGGAAGUGGCCGGUUAAUCAAACACUCGCUGAGCUCAGACGUGAUGACAUCAGCACAGGCGGAGAGAGGAAGAGAAAACCACGUUUUCCGCGCCGCGCCGGGGAGAGAGUCGUCCUCGUCCUCUCGAGUGUCACGUUCUGUUUCCACUUCCAUGGAAAACAGACGCCGAGACGCCACAACAACAACUCUGUUGUUCAGAAACAGGAGAACUCGUCAUCGCUGCCGACGUCACUGAAAAACAACUCGGAGUCGACUCUGAAGUCCACGUUUGAAAUGGUAGAUGAUGCUGAGGCCUGA